AUGGAGCGACCCAACCAUUCCAAUUCCAAUCACUAUGGUCUCUUUAUUUGUGAUGGUGAAAUAUACCCUGAUGAUGCUAAUGCAGCAACAGUACUUUCUUCUGGCAUCGCUGCUAUCGACCAUGACGCAUUUGGAUAUGAGGAUGGAGGGUUUGGAUUAUUCACUUGGAGACGUUCUCGGCACUUUUCAGCAUCCUGCUUCAUUGGCAUGCCACGAUAUAAGCAACGAUACCAGGACUGCGCCUGA